GAAUAGAGCCACAAUCAAAGUAAGAUAAAAUUAGAAAAAUUUUUUGAUGAUAUUUUAAGAUAAAAUUAAUAUGCUCGGUUUUUCUUAUAGUUAUAUCUCUAUAAAAUUUUAAAUUUUUUGUAAUAAUGCUAACAAAAAAACUAUUUAUAUGGUUAAAUAUAAAAGUAUAGAAAUAUAAAUGUGAAUGAAUAAUAUUCGAAUCAUUCCAUAAUCAUACAGUUCCUUUAAAUUAUUAGUAUAAUUUUAUAAUCUUAUAAUGUAUAUAUUAAUAAAAAUAUUUUUUAUACAAUUAUUAAUUUCUCAUUUUGUAAUUGGUGGUCCAGAAGAAGAUCAAGGUGUAAAAUAUGCAAACAAAUGCGAAGUUUGCAAAGUAGUUGCCACUGAAUUAGAAGCGAGAUUAGAUGAAACAGGUAAAACACAUGAUAUACUUGAAAUUGGAUAUUCUCUUGAUGAUGUUUUACCCAAGAAAAAGAAAGAAUAUAAAAAAUCAGAAUUACGUUUAGUAGAAAGUAUAGAAAAUUUAUGUGAACGUAUAUUGGAAUAUAAUAUUCACAAAGAACGUACAGAUAGUACAAGAUUUGCCAAAGGAAUGAGUCAGACAUUUAAAGCACUCCAUGAUCUUGUAGAUAAAGGUGUCAAAGUUGAACUAGGAAUUCCAUAUGAACUAUGGGAUAAACCAUCUGUUGAAAUUUCUACUUUAAAAUCACAAUGCGAAGAUUUAAUUGAAAAUCAUGAAGCUGAUAUUGAAGACUGGUAUCAUAAUCAUCAAGGAAAAAUUCCUUUAAUUAGAUAUUUAUGUUCAGAGAAAGCAUUAAAAGGAGAAGAUGAUUCUUGUUUGAAAGAAAAAGGAGAAACUAUGAGUAGUGAUAUGAAAGAGAAAAAAAUAAAAAAAAAAGAAGAUACAAAAAUUCAAAAUAAAGAAAAAGAUAUAAAAGAAGAAUUAUAAAUUAUUAAUAAUAAAAUUAUUAUUAUUAUAUAUAAUUAUAUAUAUAAUAUAGUAUGUAUAUAUAUAUAUAUAUAAUAAUGAUAUAUAAUAAUGAAUUACUAUAGUUCACUAUAGUAAUACUAUACUAUAUUGAAAAAUCCUUUAGUAUAAUAGGAUAAUUAAUAACAAUAUAUAAAAAAAAUAAAAUAUAAGAAGGAAUUGAAUAUGAUACAUUUAUAAAAUUUAAAAAAAUGAAUAGAAUAAUAUAUGAAUAUUCAAUCUUUUUAUCAAGUCAUUAUAUUAUAUUAAACAUUACAAUGUUCAUAUCUUCAUAUCUUUAUAUCCAAUUUGUAAAUUUAAUAAUAUAAUAUAAUAUUUGAAUUAUAAAUAUUAUAUUAUAUUAUAUUAUAUAUAUAUCAAUAUUUGAUAUAAUCAUAAAUAUACUUUGUUUUUAAUGAACAAUUUUAUGUUUAAAAAUUGUAAAUACAUAUUUAUACUUAUAUUACAUAUUUAUAACUUGAAGAUAGUUACAUAAAAAUAACAUAUAUUUUUAAAUAUGUAUUUUAAUUUUAUUAUAUUUUAACAAAUAUGUCAAUAUAUAUUUCAUUUUUUUUUAUUUUUAUAAAUUUUGAAGAAUGUAAAAAUAUAUUAUUAAAAGGUAAAAGAGUACAAGAUGGUCAAUUUCCCUGGUUGAUACAAUUUCAAACAGUAACACCAUGUGGUGGAGUACUUCUUUCAUCAGAUUGGGUUGUAACCUCAGCACAAUGUGUGCAAGACAAAAGAAAUGUAUGAUAUUUUUACUAUGAUAUUUAAAAAUUAAAGAAAAGGUAUCAAUAGUCAUAUCUUAAUUUUAUUAACACAGUCCAUUACUUUAUUUGCAACUGGACUGAAUGGAACUAACUCUAAACAAACAAUACCUGUAAAAGCUACAUACAUACAUCCUACAUAUGAAGCUUACUCUGAUCCUCCUGAUCGAGAUUAUAAUAUAGCUCUUUUGAAACUUACAAAACCAUUUAAUAUAUAUCAUAAUAAAAUAAUUUUACCUAAUAUUGUACCUGUCAAAUAUAAUGAUAAUUACAAAU